GUGUGAGCCAUAGACUGUAAUACACGGUGUGGCCGCUGGGUGUCGUGUUGAGUUAAGAUUUAUGGUGACGCAACAUUCUGCAAAGCAGAGGAAGAGACAGAAGACACCGCACCUUCGACCAAGGCAAAGCAUGGCAAUGACGGGCCAAAGCUCCUGCUCCUCCAUGAGUAACCACACCAAGGAGCGGGUCACCAUGGCCAAAGUGACCCUGGAGAACUUCUACAGCAACCUCAUCGCCCAGCAUGAGGAGAGAGAAAUGAGGCAGCAGAAGCUUGAGAAGGUGAUGGAUCAGGAGGGCCUGGCCGAUGAAGAGAAACGUAUCCGCCGUUCUCAGCAUGCAAGGAAAGAGACAGAGUUCCUGCGUCUGAAACGCACUCGCCUGGGUCUGGAGGACUUUGAAUCCCUCAAGGUGAUCGGGCGAGGAGCUUUUGGAGAGGUUCGUCUGGUGCAGAAGAAAGACACGGGUCAUGUCUACGCCAUGAAGAUCCUCCGCAAAGCCGACAUGCUGGAGAAGGAACAGGUUGGACAUAUCCGUGCUGAGCGGGACAUCCUGGUGGAGGCAGACAGUCUGUGGGUGGUCAAAAUGUUCUACAGCUUCCAGGACAAGAUGAACCUCUACCUCAUCAUGGAGUUUCUGCCCGGAGGAGACAUGAUGACCCUGCUGAUGAAGAAGGACACUCUGACAGAAGAAGCCACUCAGUUCUACAUUGCAGAGACGGUGCUGGCCAUCGACUCCAUCCACCAGCUGGGCUUCAUCCACAGAGACAUCAAACCUGACAACCUGCUGUUGGACUCCAGGGGUCACGUAAAGCUGUCAGAUUUUGGUCUGUGCACAGGCCUGAAGAGGGCUCACCGGACCGAGUUCUACAAGAACUUGAACCACAGCCUGCCCAGUGACCUCAGCAAGCAAACCUUUCAGAACAUGAACUCCAAGAGGAAAGCAGAGACCUGGAAGAGGAACAGGAGGCAGCUGGCGUUCUCCACAGUGGGAACCCCGGACUACAUCGCACCAGAGGUCUUCAUGCAAAACGGAUACAACAAGCUCUGUGAUUGGUGGAGCCUGGGUGUCAUCAUGUAUGAGAUGCUGAUAGGUUACCCUCCGUUCUGCUCGGAGACGCCUCAAGAGACGUACAGGAAGGUGAUGAACUGGAGAGAGACGCUCACCUUCCCUCCAGAAGUGCCUAUUUCAGAGAAGGCCAAAGACCUCAUCCUCAGGUUCUGCUGUGAGGAGGAGCACAGGGUCGGUGCUACAAGUGUGGAGGAGAUAAAGUCCAAUCAGUUUUUUGAGGGAGUGGACUACGACCAUAUCAGAGAGAGACCUGCUGCCAUCCCCAUCGAGAUCAAAAGCAUCGACGACACCUCAAACUUUGAUGAAUUCCCCGACUCAGACAUCCUCACACCAACAGUUGCACCGGUUUCCAACCAGACCGAGGCCGACCUGAAGAACAAGGACUGGGUCUUCAUCAACUACACCUACAAACGCUUCGAGGGCCUGACUGCUCGGGGAGCGAUUCCGUCCUACAUGAAGGUGGCGAAGAGAUGAAAACUGUCAGACAGGAUUUUUAAAGCAACAGCACCAUGACACCUGAACGAGUCGUCCAAACCCCGCCAGGAGAACUCUGCUCUCUGACACCUGAGUGUUACCUCAGGGUUAAUAAUAACGGGGCUCACUUUCAUCUGCUGCUUUCCACCGUAUGAACUGUUGCCUUCUUUCUGCAGUCUUCACUUCUCUGAUGCUUCCGAGGGUACCUUUCUUCUUCCUGCUCACGUGUGAGGACUGAUCUGGGAUUAAAGGAUUCAGUGGAACGUCUUCAUUCCUGAUACCAGCAUCAUUUACAUUCCCUCUCUGCAAACCAGCACCAGUCUGUCGGAUCUAAGGGCUCCUCUCUGUUCUCACUCCAGUUCUCGGUGACUUGUCGACUCAAACAUUUUGAAGUCACCACUUAAAGGUUAUCAGGUGCUCUUCAGGGAUUCUGUCCAAAUCUUCCUUGUGGUUUCUGACGGCUCACCUUAAGGCUGCUGGCUCCUUCAGACGGCCGAACCAAAGACUGUGAGCUGCACCGUGUUUCUGCUUCCUCUCUCUGUCACGUUGCUUCUUAAGACUUUUUUAGAUUGAUAUUUGCAAGAUCUGCUUGUUGAAUUGAGUAUAUGAGAAUGAUGCAUUUUAUCGAGUCAUGUUACAUUUUGGCAGUGACCCCCCCCCCCCCCCCCCCCCCCCCCCCGUUCUGUUUGGAUACCUUUAGCACCUUAAAAAACGUCUGAUGCAACUUCAACACGAUCAGGCCUGCAGCUCCUUAACGGUGUGCUUGUGAUGGGUGUUUUUAUUGAAAUGGAAAAGUACAAGUGUGGCUGUAUUAAUCUGACACUAGAGUAAAGACAUGAGCUCAAAACUGAAGUCAAUAUUUCCCCACAAAUGUCUGCAGAUUUAUUUUGAAUACAGAUGCACCGAUCUGAUAUUUGAUAGACCUGGAUUUAUUAUUAGUAAAAAGUCAGACUGAUCCUCCACGUAUCUGUUCUUUUCACGUGCCAAGUGUCGGCUGUAUCUCACUGCUGCACAGCAAAACAAUAUCUUAUCCUACAUGCAAGACCUCAGUAAGCAAAGUAAGGCAACGUUGUUCAUUGAUUUCAGCCAAUCACAUCUGGUCAUGUUUUACAAAUAGGGGUGGGCGAUAUGGCCUCAAAGGUUUUCUGAGCAGGCUGCACAUGUGAACCCAAACAGACUACGUUUUGUCAAAAUUUCUAAUCCUUCGGGAAAUUUCCACCAGAAAAUAGUGUGAGCUAAUGUGAGAGUGCAGCGGGUGGAUGUGGAGCAAUGACGUUUAUAACAUGCGACACGUCAAAACCAGGUAGGGCGACACGUAACAGGAUGAAUAACAGGUUCACAGAAGAUUUCUGUCCGUCUGUUGCUACGUAGCUUUGCUAUGAAUGUAAAAACUGUCAUCUUAGCGUAAGUCUCUGUUGCUUCAUCGCCCUGAUUUACUUCCAUCACUAUCACCCUCCGCAUCUGACGGGGGAAAUUUCCAGCAGUGAGUGACACACACAUAAACCAGCAACUCUGCAAAAUUUUAAACGCAGAACUCCUGAAAAUGUAAAUAUUUGCAUGUUUGGAAAAUUCAGAAUAUUUAGAGUUUAUUUAAAUCACGUGUUGCUGAACACAGUGUUGGGACUGUAGUUUCACAGAUCUCUUUUUAACAUCCCUUGGAAGGAAUGACUCUAAAUCCCAGACCAAUAGAGAAAAUGUCGCUUAAAGCCUGCUGAAUGUCAGUUUGACAGAAUAUGAUGUUUGUAAAUGUUGAACAAUAUUAAGAUUACCGCAUCUCUAAAUUUGAUGUCCAUGUUUCAGAUGUCAUCAGCGUAGACAAGUCUGAAUCCUCAAGCAGCUCAAACUGGUGUUUCUUAUGGAGUUACCUGCUGAAGCGAGACGUCCCACUCCAUCUGUGUGAUCAUUAACAGAGGGUAAAUAUCCUGCAGCGUAGAUUUAAUGCAACCUGAACCUCAAGAGCCUUUUUGAUUUGUUCAUCCAUCAUUGUCGGCCUGAUUCAGUCCCACCACACAGAUUAGAUCUCCAGCACACAGUUUUUCUAUUUUUGUAAAAACAAUUACUCCGAAAAAAGUUGCAUGAGGUAAUUUUAAAAAGUGUCAUCUCACUGAUUUAGAAAUGUCUUUUUUCAUCUCAGCUCAAAAAUUCUUUACAAUGUUGACCAUAUUUCUAAUUUACUCAACCUUCCUAAAUUUUUAUUGGAAUAAAGGAGAAUCUCGUCGAGGACAGGAUGCAGAAGAAAAGCUUGUGUAGAAAAUAUUCCUAAUUUAAAAGAAGGGAUUCUCCUCGGUCACACAGACGUGUCGCAGUGAAGUCGUUUCAAAGCUGGGCAGCGUUGUGGGGAAUAAUACUGGUUUCAUAACUCUCUGUUCAUACUCUGCUCUGUCCUCAGGCCUUUUGUUCAGAUCUGCUGCAGGUUUUUGUUUUCUCACCUCCUCUGCUUCCACUUUUCUACUCACUAAACCUUCCACCAGCUUGUUUCCUUAGCUCCGAGGAGGUUUCCUUUGUGUAUAUAUAUUUGAAUAUACAACAGCGUGGUGGUCAGGAGGUUUGAUAUCAGGAGGAGCUCAUCACAUUACUCACAUCACCCUGAAUGUUUUUAAGACACUCAGCAUCUUAAAGAAUAACUCACGUUUCAUAAGUCGUGUUCGUCCACUGAGGAGUUUGUUUUGUUUAGAAGCACAGGGCUAACCAAACGUUUUCCAGUGAACACAAUAUCCAAAUGCUGUCAUUGAGAAAUGAAUGUAAAUUAAGUUUAAAGGAGUCAUGGAGAGGGUUUUCUUUUUUUGCCACAAUAAUUCCAAAAUGCUGAUUGUGUGAAUGUAGCCAGGUUUAAUGGUUUUCCCGGCACAUGAGCUGGGAUGUGUGGAAGCCCAUUUUACCCAGAAAGAAGUCCGAAAGGGACGAGAAGAGCAAUCAAAUACUGAGCUUUGAUAAAAUAACUUCAUUUAAUAUUGAAAAUGCAUUUCAUGAUUCAGAUAAUUAAUAAUUUGCCUUUAUAAGAGAUUUAAGAGGUCACAAUUUAACUACCUGAUUUUGAUUCAAUUUACAAAGACUUACUUCGACCCUGGUUGAUAAGUUUGAACUUAGAAUUUAUUUUGUUAUUUUUUUUGUUCUGAAUUGUUUGGUCUAUAAAACAUCCAUAAACAGCAAAAAUAUUGAGCAAGGUUUCCAAAUCCUGAGGUGGCGUCCUUAGAUUUUAAGUUUAGUCCAGAAUCUCAAAGAAAUAAAAGAAAAUACCAGUGCAGAUUUUUUUUUUUUUCUUAAAAUGAACAAACUAAAAUCUACAGAGCCCCUGAAGUCUCAAAUGGUAUCAUUGUUAGAUUUUUAACUUUAUAGAAUCAUCUCGUGGAAACAACUUGUCUUGUGCAAUUUUUUAUCUUUUGUGCUUAAGAAAAUUAUCUUGUGCACAUACGUUUUUAUCUUUUGGGAACAAUUUAUUAUUGUGUGUGCAAAAAAGAUGAAAUGAUUCACUUUUGGAGUGUGCCUCCGUACAAAUGGCACACUGGUUUCCAAAUAGUUGGUGUUUAAUUUAACCCUGUCUGACCUGAACGCAGGAGAUUAUUGUGCUUACAGUGAUAAUUAAAUUAAUUGAAAUCAAACCCAAAUUAGUUUCUGAAGCAAAUUAAAAUACAAGAGAAUUUGACCUCAAAACAAAACAAAAUCAACACAAUAAGAACGACCAAACUUCUACCAGAAGUCUGAUAUAAAAAGUAUUCAACCAGCUAACGCUUCUGUCGUCACCAUGUUUAACAUGCUAUGACGUCUUCAUGUUUCAUUUGGUGUGGGAUAAAUUAGGUAAAACGCUAACUGACGCCAGUAAAAAGUAAAAAUACUUCAAGUGAUAAUUUCAUGCCAAGCAAAUGUCUCGAUAAUGCACUGUCCAACCAUUUCCAAAGGUUAAAACAUUAUCAAAAUAGAUUAUUGAUUUAAUAGUUAUAAAUUGUGAGGUAUCUGCAGCUUCCCCACACAGAAGUUGUCGGAUCGUUCAAAUCUUAAGUAAGACCAUAAUUUAAGGUUAAGAUGAUUUGAUGCAUGCUCAGAUUUUCAAACUUCGAUCUUUUCUCUUCAUGUUUCUAAAACAUUUCUCACAUUUCAUCUGUUUCCAUUAUUUUUGUCCGGAAUGGGCUUCCAUACAUACCAGCUCAGUCUGAAGGUUUUCUUCUGGUCUGUAAUAUAAAGCUUGGUAUAUUCAGGUAGUGUGUAGAUGGCGCUCAGCACAUUGUAACACAUUGUAGUGAAGCACGCUGUGGAGCUUAUUUCCAUGGGAUGGGAGGGGGGGGGCUCACUAUUUUAAACAUACUGUGUGACAGAGGGAAGUUUCUGCUCCGCAUGUUUUUACCAAACUGCAGAAGAGUCGCUUAAAGCAAUAGAGCACACGGAACGACUUGUUUUAUUGAUGAUGCCACUUUGUGUGUGUGUGUGAGUGUGUGUGAGGUGUCAGACUGCAGGUGAAGAUGUGAGCGUGCUCAGUAGAGACAUGAAAUGAUAUGUAUGUUGUUUUCUACGCGUGAGGCUCAGAUGUGUGUCCGCUCGGCUCGUGUGUGAGUCGACGUGUGGGGGUCGGUGUUUGGGAAGGUGGGUGUACAUUAUUUAAACCACUGUUCUCUGUGUAGCGUGUGGCUGAUGUUUGUUUUCUGCUAUUUGACAAUGAAUUACUCUGCACUUAA